AUGUCUGCCUGCGUUUCCUCAAGAGACUCAAUAAUGUCAUCCGUCAAAGAGCAGAAGGAUGCUGCCAUCAUCGAAACAGCCCGCACACUCAGGGGGACACCAUGGUGUGACGAAUACGAGAAGAUGAUCUCUGGCAUGCUAUAUGAUUCUUUGAUUCCGCCGUUGACAAAUGCUCGUCACGAAUGUCGUAUUCUGGCGCAUGAGUACAACACCAUGCCGCCGACCCUCGGAACAGCGGACGAAAUAGCCGCCAGCGUUUCGAAGAUCCUUAAGCGCUGGCUCGGUUUGUGGGAGAAGGCGUCUUCAUAG